UGAAAAACAAUUUAUUAAUUCUCAAAUUCGAUUAUCUUUUUAUUUUUUAAAUUUAUUGUAUGUGAAAAGUCUAAUUAUUAUGUUGACAGGCUGCAGCCUCCAUGCAUUUUUUUAAAAUUACUUUCUUGUUUUUACUAAAUAAUUAAAUAUAUUGUUAGCAGUAAUUUGUAAAAGUGGUAUUAAAUAGCAUGCCUCACAUUCCAACCUCAUCAGGGCGUGGCAAAGCGCGCGACUAGCGGGCGGUGCGCGGGUGGACGUCACGUGACCACUCAUGUGACAAGAGAAAAAAAAAAAAAAAAGUCAAAACAGGAACAAAAUGGCUGCGACGGGCGACGACGCCGCAGCAAUGGACAGCAUCUCCAGGGCACCAACGGCACAUUUGGCGGCUCUGAACGCGGCCGCGAGCCUCAGCUGCCCGGCGGAAGCCCCGGAGGAUGUGGCGGAAAGCCCCGCGGUCGCUCCCAAAAAGCCCAGCACGAACAGUGAUGGUGGUGUGGAGACAGCAGAGGAGGCUGUGGAGCCUGCAGAGUCCGAUAUCAACGAGUUGUGCACCGAUAUGUUUGAAAAGAUGUCCGUCUUCCUGCAAGGAGAACUAACAGGGACUUGUGAGGACUACCGUCUGCUGGAGAACAUGAACAAGAUAACCAGUCUGAAGUACAUGGAGAUGAAGGACAUCAGCAUCAACAUCAGCCGUAACCUGCAGGAUCUCAACAACAAAUAUGCCAGCUUACAGCCCUACCUGGACCAGAUCAAUCAGAUUGAGGAGCAGGUGUCUUCACUUGAACAGGCGGCUUACAAACUGGACGCGUACUCCAAGAAACUGGAGGCCCGGUUCAAAAAACUGGAGAAGCGAUGAGUGGUGGGGGGGUGGGUGUAAGAGGCCGACUUGAGAGUCUCGGUGCCUCCUCACCUUCUUUAACCCUGCAUCGCCUUCUCCUCGCCCUGCCAGUCGAAGCCGGUAGCUGCGGGGAGGACGUGAACUGAGACGAUAACAACAAACAGUUCGAGACACUUUGACACCUAGAAGGAGGACCCUGCAGGAAGCAGCUGAAGGCACAUGAAUUAGUAAUGUAAUGCUCGGCUUAGAUUUAACUGCAGUAUCACUGAUUUUGGCAGCAGUCGUGCGGCCGAGACGAACUGGAGAGUGUGGCGUGAAAUUCACUUUGUUGAACAAAUCUGUCUAAUUAUCUUUAAUUGAGUGGUGGAAUCAGAAUGUACUAAAGAAACAGAUUGUCAAAGACUUGUGGAUAUAACAACACUUUGGUCAUGUGUAGAUAUUUACCUGAUGAAGCAUGCUCUCAGAUGUUUUUAAUAAAUAUCCAGCCUUCUAAUUCUGAUCAUUUUAGGCAUCCAACCUCUUGACUGAUAUAUUUCCACUUAAUGAUGAUGUUGUGAUUCUCUGAUGUUACACGUUUACUUGUCCUGGCUGUGAAUUCUACCACAAACUGGUUAAAAAGGUUACUGUGUAGAGAGCUGCUCUCUCUCCCUGUAAAGUGAGUUUAAAGCGUGCAGUUUUAAAUGAAAGAUGUUUGAUAUGGAUGAAUUAUUGUAUCCCUGGAGAUUUUGACACUUAAAACUGGAGUUUUUUUUUUUUUUUAAAUAAACACCGUGUGCAUGUCAUUGCAUGACUGUUUCCUUUAAGUUAGUACCAGGAACUUUCAUUUUGUUUUUCAUUAAGAAUAACUCUAGAAAUAGACCCUCUUCUCUCUGAUGGUCUCGUUUAAUAAUGGAGGUCAUUUAGAGACAUAAGUGUUAAAUGAAGAUGUUUUCAUAAGCAGUUAGAAAGUUCCUCACUGUAAAAUGAACCUCAUGCUGGCAGCAGAUGGCAGCCCUGCACCACUGAUGGAGACUUAAAUUGAUGCUCAGUGAGUGUAUCAAAUAUUUUGUAGCUUUGGGAAAAAAACUGCCCGGCUGGAGGAGGUUUGACUUUCAGUCUUAAGAAGGAAAAAAACUCUGGGAAGCGUGAGACCAACAGAGGGAAACGGAUGACCCAACACUUGACAAUUCAAAGGAAUGGGUGACUAAAGAUGUGUGUGGUGCCCUCUGUUUCCUCCUUUAUAUUAUCUGCCCCACAGCAGAACCCAGAGCGCUUUUUUUUUUCUUCCCAUGAGCAACGGAUUAUCUAAACUGACAGGACCUCCCUACUGAGAGUGUGUGUGUGUGUUUGGUCAUGCACAUGUACACGUGUGUGUAUAUAUAUGUUUGUGCAAGACCUAAUCUAAAACAGGUCUCUAUUAGUCCAGUUGAGGCCCUGGCACAGAGGGAGCUCAUUAUUCAUACUGUAACAUUAUUUACUGUUGCACUGUGAUCCUUCCAUCUCUGCCUUCUUCCAGAGCCCUGGGGCAUAGAUUCAGCCUCCCCUUCCCAAAGGCUCUCAAAUCGGGUCUAUUUAAUGAUCUUUGGGGUUGUUUUCUGAAGGCUAAAUGUGAGUGCCAGGAGGCAGUCAAGCGUAGAAGAGAAAGGCAACAUGGUAAUCAUAGGUAAACCUUUUUUUUGUAUUCUUCAAAUUCAAAACUAGACUAUACUGGAGCAAUGUAGUUUGGGUGUGGAAACGUAUUAUAUUCUGUAUGAAAUGUGUGUUUUUAAUGGUUUUCAGACCGCGUGGAUGUAAAGUACUGAUAUAAGACUUAGUAUAGUGGACAGAUUUAAAGGGGGCAUAUGGAACUUUUUCCGUGCUUGUACAUUUGGGUAUCUGGAGUGUCUAUCAACUCACAAACUGUGAAAUAAGAGUCUGUUUUUUGUGGGCUUUCUAGAUCUUGAACGUAAUCCAACGUGCCAUUCAGAUUAUAGCU